UUCAGAUUUUCAUGAAUGACUCAUCUUCCUGCCAUAUUUUCUUAGACUGCAAUGACUUAAGACUCUUGGGGUCAAUGCUAUGAAGUUCAUCCUACUACGUCUAUUGGGAGGAGAAAGCAGUAAUAUUCAAACUCAAGCUUGUUUCCAGCUCAUGCUGAUUGAUUCCUGAAGGGAGUCUGGACAAGUUGUAAGCAAGACAUCAUUUCUGUAAGAAAAUUUUGGAUAACAGAAGUUCUGGAUAAAAGGGCAAACCAGUUCAAUCACCAUGAGUUGGAGCUUCCUGACUCGCCUGCUAGAGGAGAUCCACAACCAUUCCACGUUUGUGGGGAAGAUCUGGCUCACGGUCUUGAUCGUCUUCCGGAUUGUCCUUACAGCUGUAGGAGGAGAGUCCAUCUAUUACGACGAGCAGAGCAAAUUUGUGUGCAACACAGAGCAGCCAGGCUGCGAGAAUGUCUGCUAUGAUGCCUUUGCACCCCUCUCCCAUGUGCGCUUCUGGGUAUUCCAGAUCAUCUUGGUGGCAACUCCCUCAGUGAUGUACCUGGGCUACGCCAUUCAUAAGAUUGCCAAAAUGGAGCAUGGCGAAGCGGACAAGAAGGCUGCUCGGAGCAAACCCUAUGCCAUGCGCUGGAAACAGCAUCGGGCUCUGGAAGAAACAGAAGAGGACCAUGAAGAGGAUCCCAUGAUGUAUCCAGAAGUCGAAUUAGAAAGUGAAAAAGAAAAUAAAGAGCAAAACCAGCCUAAACCCAAGCAUGAUGGCCGACGGCGGAUCCGGGAGGACGGUCUCAUGAAAAUCUAUGUGCUGCAGUUGCUGGCAAGGACCGUGUUUGAGGUGGGCUUUCUGAUAGGGCAGUAUUUUCUGUAUGGCUUCCAAGUCCACCCAUCUUAUGUGUGUAGUAGAAUUCCUUGCCCUCACAAGAUAGACUGCUUUAUUUCUAGACCCACUGAAAAGACCAUCUUCCUUCUGAUAAUGUAUGGUGUUACAGGCCUUUGCCUGUUGCUUAACAUUUGGGAGAUGCUUCAUUUAGGCUUUGGGACAAUUCGAGACUCACUAAACAGUAAAAGGAGAGAACUGGAAGACCCGGGUGUUUAUAAUUAUCCUUUCACUUGGAAUACACCAUCUGCUCCCCCUGGCUAUAACAUUGCCGUCAAACCGGAUCACAUUCAGUACACCGAGCUGUCUAAUGCCAAGAUCGCCUACAAGCAGAACAAGGCCAACAUCGCCCAGGAACAGCAGUACGGCAGCCACGAGGAGCACCUCCCCGCUGACCUGGAGACGCUGCAGCGGGAGAUCAGGAUGGCUCAGGAGCGCUUGGAUCUAGCAAUCCAGGCCUACAAUCACCAAAACAACCCCCCUGCUCCCCGGGAGCAAAAAGCCAAAGUGGGGUCUAAAGCUGGGUCCAACAAAAGCAGUACGAGUAGCAAAUCAGGGAAUGGGAAGACCUCCGUCUGGAUUUAAUCUUGGCUGGGCUUAAAGCUUGUGCUCUUCAUAGUUUAUGGUAAGCAGCGGCUCACUGAAUAAUGACUUCCAUUGAGUAAACAUUUGGCUCUGGUUAUCUUCAGGGAUGCUGUUGGCUUGUGAUCCAAGCUCAGGGGACUCUGAAGGCGGGGCUGGGACAGAGGAAAAGGAAGGGAAACAUAGUGUUCCUGGGCACAUGUUCCAGCAAUAAUACAGUUGUAGACUUUACAUUUGUGUCUUCCAGAUCUGGAAAAGAACAGAUAUAUUUAAAUCAUUCUUGUUGAACAAUUUUUGUAUGUACAGUAUUAUGGAACUUUUUCUUUUUUUUUAGUAUGCGAACUUUUUUUUGUACUUGUACAUUGGACCACUGUAGUUAUACUUUUAUAUUAAAGGGGGAAAAUCCUAAGGUAUUGCCUAUUAGGCUAGUGUUAUUACUUUGUUCAGCAUAUUCUACCCUGGGUUUAAUGUUUUUUAAUAGAUGCUACACCUAAUAAAAGUGCCUCUCGUGA